AGACGGGCGCGGGAUCUACCGUCUCCGAACUCGGGGCCGCCAGGCGCAAACACUGGGCCCAGCUCCCGAGGGCGCCAGCUCAGCCCCAGGGAGCCGGCGAGUGAGCAACCUGCCGUUUGUGGCCUGGUCCGCCCUGCUCGUGUCCACCCGCCCUGGAGGUGGGGUCCAAGCCUCCGGGAAGAUGGUGUCCUGGAUGAUCUCCAGAGCCGUGGUAGCUCCAGCAUCCUGUGAUGGUGUGAGAGGAUUUUUUGUUAAAAUCAAUAUACUUUAACUUUUACGGACAAGAUUCAAAGGUUGGUGUUUGGAAUGCUGUAUCCUGCAUAUUAUUCAUACAAAACUGUGAAAACCAAAAACGUGAAGGAAUAUGUUCGAUGGAUGAUGUACUGGAUUGUCUUUGCUCUCUAUACUGUGAUUGAAACAGUAGCAGACCAAACAGUGGCUUGGUUCCCCCUGUACUAUGAACUUAAGAUUGCUUUUGUCAUAUGGCUACUUUCUCCUUAUACCAAGGGAGCAAGUUUAAUAUAUAGAAAAUUGCUUCAUCCACUUCUUUCUUCAAAGGAAAGGGAGAUUGAUGAUUAUAUUGUACAAGCAAAGGAACGAGGCUAUGAGACGAUGGUAAACUUUGGGCGGCAAGGUUUAAACUUAGCAGCUACUGCUGCUGUUACUGCAGCAGUGAAGAGCCAAGGGGUAAUAACGGAGCGAUUACGGAGUUUGAGUAUGCACGAUCUAACAGCUAUCCCAGGGGAUGAGCACGUGGGACAAAGACCAUACCAGCCUCUACCAGAAACAAAAAAGAAAAGCAAGCCAGCCUCCAGUGAAUCAGCAGAUUAUGGAAUUUCACUGAAAGACGGAGAUGAGAAAACAGAUGAAGAAGCGAGUGGGCCAUAUUCAGAUGAUGAGAUGUUAACACACAAAGCGCUUCGAAGAUCACAAAGCAUGAAAUCUGUGAAAACCGUGAAAGGCCGCAAAGAGGUGCGGUAUGGGUCACUAAAAUAUAAAGUGAAGAAGAGACCACAGGUGUAUUUUUAGUAUAUACACUUCAAGUGUCCCUAGACAAAUUAUGCUAAUACAUCAAUUUUUUUUCUAACAUUAUAUAUUCAGGAUUUACACAUUAAAAUAAUUCUUUAAGUUGUGGUGGUGAUAGGGUUUAUUUUCCUUAAUUUAAAUACUUUUUUUAUUUCUUUAACAAUUACUUUCAAAUGUUGACUACUAAAGGUAGUUAUGCAAAAUAUAUAUAUCAGAAAUAAUAGAAAAUUGUGUUACCUGUUUUUAAAUUCAUCAGAAACAUGGAAUGCCUGGGAUAUAAGAGGAAGCACAUACCCACAGUAUACUUGAAAAGAGUCUUUUUAUGGUUCAAGAUACAUCAGUCUUUGUGUUAUUGUAUUGUUUACUGCCAUUUAUGUUAUAGCUAUCACAUGGAGAUAGUAAUUAAAUAGGCCUCUAAUCCAGCAGUGAUAGCACAGGGCAUAAUGUGAGAUAAAGUAUGUUUUAUACUUUAAAUUUUUACUUUUUUAAUACUUUGUAGUGUUUCCACCAUCAGCUGAAAGUUUUCAAAACAGAUGUUUGAAAACCAGGUAUCCACAUAGCACUUUUAUUCCUGACUAGUUUUGCACACUUGAAAAUUGUUUACUUAUUUUAUGACUGUACGUUUUAAGUUUUACUGACACUAUCUUUAUUAUUUGUCAUACUCUGACAAGUCAAAUUUAUGCCUUGAAUUACAUCAUCUCUUUUCCUGUGGGUUCCAUUUGUUAAAUUUGCUUGAUUUUGAUAGUAUAAAAAUAC